GAAUUUCUAUGUACUUUUUUCCUAAUAUUAUUUCGUUACUAAACCUUUGAAAAAACUUGAACAGGCCAGACGAAGAAAAACAUCACUUUUUUCCUGUAAUGAUGGAAAAAGAAACACAAUCUAACAUUGACAACUCUAUUAAUCCUCUGGAUUUUACCGAGUUUACUGAUAAUUUGCCAAUCGAAAUAUACAGAUCACUGCAAUUUAUUAGAAAAUACGGUGACAAGUACAGAACAUCUGGCUUUCAAUUAGAAGCACUGGCACAAGAAGCUACUCACGGCCCUCCACAUUCAAUUGCACAAGUCAAAGCUCGAUUAGCUGAAGAAGUUGUGAACAGUCAUUCUCUUGCUGAAGAGACUGAGUCUGAAGCGAAACGACUGCUUGAAGACAUUGACGAUGCUUAUAAGAGACUCUGCGACAAAAUCACGAUUCUCGAAACGCAACAGAAAACCGCAGAAGGACAGGCACAGGUCUAGGAAUAGAUAGACGCAAAGCAACGAAAUGCAUUUAAAGAAAUAAACCCAUACCAUCCGACAUUCGCUAAGCAAGCAUAGAAGAAAACAACCCAACACGCAUCUACGAAAACCACCUCAUACAUAUACUGUUGCAAAAACACCAUGCUAUAUUUACCAAGGCUAGCAGAGAUUAUUUU